AUGUCUUCUUUACGAUCAUCUAGUGAUCGCAGUGGCUCCGUCAACUCCGAGGACCGUCCCAAGACCUCAUUCCAAAGCAAGGCCGAUCCCAACCUGGCACUAUACGAAGCGCAACCCAUGUCCGUAAACACGCAACCCAGCGACCGGGACCAAUUCUCCCUGCGCAGCAUCCAACAUCGAGACCGAAUGGGCAACAUCAUCACUGAUCCCGACCGUUCCAACCCAACCCGCAACCGCCUCGAACGACCCCUGGAUACAAUUCGGUCCUUCGAGGCAGCCAUCGACGCCCGUCGCAGACAAGACCGGAUGUGA